CCACUGCCAUCAUGGGCCAGGUUUUAUUUUUAUGGAAUGCACGGGUUAUUAGAUGAAAUAGUUUUCACUGCCAUGUUUGAUUUUCUACUCAAGCCCGAGGGAAAUUGGCUCCUGAAAGGAUAUUCAACUAUAUUUUCAUUUUUCAUUUAUGGAAGUUGUAGCUACAUUGUGGAACAGAUUUACAAAUACUGUAUUCAGAAAAACUUGUCUAUAUAUAAACGUUUACCAAUAUAUAUUGUGUUCACAUAUUUUUGGGAAUUUUUAUGUGGUUUGAUUCUACGUCAGUUUGGUGCCUGUUCAUGGGAUUAUAGUCACUAUACUCUAAAUGUUAUGGGAUUGAUCACAUUUGAGUAUUUACCAGGAUGGAUG